GGAUCUGUGGCCCUCCGGGAGUUGUUGGACUCCAGCUUCCAUCAGCCCUAGCCAGCGUAGUUAAUGGCCAAAGGUGACAGGCAUUAUAAACCACAUACAAGUCGGAGAACAACAGGUUUCCCACCCCUACUGUAAACAGACGCUGUGACUAAAUAACAUGUGAAUGAGAGGGAGGACUUCAUCCACUCCUUUCCCGAAAUCACACCUGAGAGGCCUUCGGGUCCCGCCUCGCCUCGUCGGACGCGCCAGCUCAUGAAGAGAAGGUACCGGUCCAUGAGUCCGAUACGGCACACCGAUUUCCCUCAGCCGCCGCCCUUCGAAUCUCCCGCGCCGCUAACGGGGCCUCACAGCCCCUGCCCAGCGAGCCCGCCUCGGCCGAAGCGUCGCUUCCGCUUCCCGAGGAGGAGUUAGUUGCUGCGGCUGCAGGCUGUCCUCCUUCCGCUCGGGACCGGGAGAAGAGUCCCCCUCAGCAACGCGGCCUUGGAGCGGGUGGGCGCCGCCAUGGCCAGCUUUACCAAGUCGGCGCAGCAAUGGGCCACAUUUGCUCGAGUCUGGUACCUUUUAGAUGCGAAGAUGCAACCGCCAGGAAAAAUUGCAGCCAUCAGUGCUCUCAGACUUCAGGGGAAGCAUAAACCUGUAUAUCAUGCACUAAGUGACCUUGGAGAUCAUGUUGUUGUAAUAAACACAAGACACAUUGCUUUUUCUGGCAACAAAUGGGAGCAGAAGGUAUAUUCAUCACAUUCUGGAUAUCCUGGUGGCUUCAAACAAGUGACAGCAGCUCAGCUUCAUCAAAAGGACCCAACAGCAGUUGUGAAACUGGCUAUCUAUGGCAUGCUCCCUAAAAACCUUCUCAGAAGAACUAUGAUGCAAAGGCUGCAUCUCUUCGCUGAUGAUGUUAUCCCUGAAGAAAUACAUAAGAAUCUUGUAGAAGAGCUUCCACAACCCCGCAAAGUUCCCAGGAGGUUCGACGAAUAUACACAAGAAGAAAUUGAUGCUUUCCCAAGGCUCUGGACUCCGUCUAAAGACUUUCGACGAAUGUAACAGAAAGAGUGUAAAAGAAUGGGAAGAGGACCCUACAUAUUUUGUCUUUGUGAGGACAAAGGCCUUCUGGCAUUUCAGUUUAGUUAAUUGCAUAAAGCUUUUAAUUACCUACUCUAAAUUGUGGGGUGGGGGGUUCAGGUGUAGGGCAGUGUGGCUUCAUUUAUUUAUGUUGGUUAUCAUAAAUAAAGUUUUUUCUUCUCGGGGAGAGAAAAAGGAUGACAAUAAAAUACUUUUUCUGAAAAUAA